ACCACGCUGGACGCCGUGCUCCGCCCGCUCUGUCAACAUGGCCUCCUCAAUGUCACUCUUCGGUUUGAGCCGAGUGUCUUUUCGAAAUUUACUCACAAAAACACAACUGACUCCAUUAAGGUCAGUUAGCACGUCAGGAUGUCUGGCCCAGAAACAAGAGAAAGAGUCCCAGCUCAUCACGGUGGAUGAGAAGCUGGACAUCACAACAUUAACUGGUGUUCCUGAGGAGCACAUCAAGACUCGUAAAGUGCGCAUUUUCGUGCCCACCCGUACGGCCAUGCAGUCAGGGGUCCAGAACACCAAGAAGUGGAAGAUGGAUUUCGACACCCGGGAGCGCUGGGAGAACCCUCUGAUGGGCUGGGCCUCCACAGCCGACCCACUGUCCAACAUGGUCCUUACCUUCAGCACCAAGGAGGACGCCAUUGCGUUUGCUGAGAAGAAUGGUUGGAAUUACGAUAUAACAGAGAAAAGGACGCCGAAGCCGAGAUUUAAGUCAUAUGGAGCAAACUUUUCCUGGGACAAAAGAACUAGAAGAUCUGCCAAGUAGACGAUCAGUCACUGAUAACUGUUGCUGUUAUCUGUAACAGUCUUGUAUAAGUUUUCUGUAUCUAUAUCUAAUAAAGACUCCUGGAGUCAAUUACA